GUCCUUCUGAAGGGCGACGCAACUUUACCCUGUGGUCGCCGCAGCCAUCGAUGCUGGGUGUUUCCACGGACACAACACCCAAAUUUACGGUUGCGGCCAGUCAAUUGACAUCUUCACUUAGUUGAAACCAAUUGGGUUGAGAGCAUUAUCAUAGUGGUGCGAGGCUUUCAGAAUUGGCCACUACUUACUGUUAGUUCUUCAACCUGGCUUCGUGACAGCCCUACUUCUUAGAGGCUCUAGGACAAGUAGAAAAGCAACACCAUGCAAGUGCUACUCCGAGGGCUGCCGGCCAGCGUGCCGGUCACGUCCACGCAUUCACGGCGGCCGGUGCAAUGCAAGGCUAUAGAAGCCCCUGCGCCCGCGGAAAAGAAGGCGGGAGCUAAGAAGGUCUCGCUGGUGGCCCUAGGAUGCCCAAAGAACGUUGUCGACGGUGAGGUGCUGCUGGGCGACCUGGCUCGUGCCGGCUUUGAGGUGACGGACGACCACGAGGAGUCGGACGCCAUCAUCGUCAACACAUGCGCCUUCGUGGAAGACGCCAAGAGCGAGUCGCUGGAGGCCAUCGUGGAGGCCGCCUCGCUCAACGAGGACGGCCGCCGCCGCAAGCUGGUGGUGACGGGCUGCCUGGCGCAGCGCUACAGCAGCCAACUGGCGGCGGACCUGCCGGAAGCUGACCUGGUGGUGGGCUUCCAGAGCUACGGCAAUCUGGCAGCCUCGCUUCAAAAGUCCAUGGGAAUGGAGGUUACGCCGGAGGCGCUGGCGAUUGCGGAGGCGUCGGCGGCGGCUGGCGCCGCCGCCGCGGACGGCUCGUCCGCGGCGGUGGCGGCGCCGGCGGCGCCGGCGGCGGCUGGCGCCGCCGCCGCGCGUGUGCAGGUGGGCGCGGCGACGGUGCCGUUCCGGCCCGAGUGGAACCGGCACCGGCUGACGCCCAAGCACAGCGCCUACCUGCGGGUGGCGGAGGGGUGCAACCACGCCUGCACCUUCUGCGCCAUCCCCGGGUUCAGGGGCAAGUUCCGCUCCAAGCCGUGGCAGUCGGUGCUGGACGAGGCGGCGCACCUGGUGGCGGGCGGCGCCGUGGAGUUGAACUUGAUCGCGGAGGACACCAACCAGUACGGCAUGGACAGGCGCGACGGCCGCGACCUGGCGCAGCUGCUCCGCGAGCUGGGCAAGCUGGAGGGCCUGCGCUGGAUCCGGAUCCUGUACGCCUACCCCUCCUACUUCAAUGACGAGCUCAUCGACGAGAUCGCCAACAACCCGAAGGUGUGCAAGUACCUGGACAUGCCGUUGCAGCACAUCGCCAACCUCACACUGCUGGCCAUGAACCGCCCGCCCAAGGAGCACACCACCAAGCUGCUCGCCAAGCUGCGCGAGCGCAUCCCCGGCCUCGCGCUGCGAACCACCUUCAUCAGCGGCUUCCCGGGGGAGAGCGACGAGCAGCACCGCGAGCUGGUGGACUUUGUCAAGACGUUCAAGUUUGAGCGCAUGGGCUGUUUCGCCUUCAGCGAGGAGGACGGCACGCCAGCGGCAACCAUGCCCGAGCAGGUGCCGCGGCGGCAACGCGAGCGGCGGCGCGACGAGCUGAUCAGUCUGCAGCAGCGCAUCGGCGAGGAGUGGGCGGAGGGGCUGGUGGGGCGCGAGGUGGACGUGCUGGUGGAGGGGUACAACGACGACGGCUGGCUCAUCGGCCGCACGCAGUGGGACGCGCCCGACGUGGACCCGCUUGUGUUUCUGACGGAGGCGGAGGACGAGUCCGUGCCGCGACUGGAGGUGGGCAGCAUCCGGCGCUGCCUGGUGACGUCCAACUCGCUGUUUGACCUGGAGUGCACGCCCGUGCCGUGAGCGGCGGCAGGCGCAGCAGCAGCGGCAGGCGCAGCAGCAGCGACAGGCACAGCGUGGGGCAGGCGCAGCAGGGGCACUGGGGCAGGCACAGGUGGGGUGGGGGGGUAGGGCCAACACCAGGAGGAGCAGGAGGACGGACGCGCAGGAGGGAGGAGGAGGAGGAACAGGAGCAGGAGGAGGUAUUCCAGGGGUAACAUAAGUAUCGGAUGCAUGCGGAGUGGAGCGCGUGGUUUCAGAGUGUGGCGUCUGGGCGCGCGGGGGGCUAGCUGAUGGCUUGGGCCUCGGAAUUGACGGCUCGCGUGACUUUGCUUUGAACUCGUAAGCGCGGAGAUGUGUACGGUACUGAAUUUGUAGGAUAGACGGAGAUGGAACAAGAGAAGUUUUACAUUGAUGUGCAACGAAGUAACAAACACCGUUUGGAGACAUGGAAACAAGCAACCGC